GUAUCCUGGCCAGCAUAACGGUGUGUUACUGGGUUACGCUGGACAAAGUAGUAACCUACUUUUUGUUCUGGAUUUAAUCCCUCCUAGAAAUGUUACGUGCAGCGAGUACAUGGGGGUUGGAACAAGGACCAUGCUUGUAUUGGGAUGCCUUUCUUUGAGUAAUGUAAACUUCCUUUUAAUUGUCAUGCAUUUUUCUAGUAAAAGCUCUGCAAGUCUGCAAUAAAAAUGGCCUCCAAUAAAACUACAUUGCACAAAAUGGGAAAGAAACAGAAUGGCAAAGGUAAAAAAGUUGAAGAGGCUGAGCCUGAAGAAUUUGUUGUGGAGAAAGUCCUGGACAGACGUGUUGUGAAUGGAAAGGUGGAAUACUACUUGAAGUGGAAAGGAUUUACGGAUGCUGACAACACGUGGGAACCUGAAGAGAACUUGGAUUGUCCAGAGCUAAUCGAAGCUUUUCUGAACUCGCAGAAGGCUGGUAAAGAAAAAACAGAUGGUUCCAAAAGAAAAUCUUUGUCAGAUAGCGAAUCCGAUGAUAGUAAAUCAAAGAAAAAACGUGAUUCUGUUGAUAAACCAAGAGGGUUUGCAAGGGGGCUUGAUCCUGAGCGGAUAAUUGGGGCUACAGAUAGCAGUGGAGAGCUUAUGUUCCUCAUGAAAUGGAAAGACUCUGAUGAGGCAGAUCUGGUGCUGGCCAAAGAAGCCAACGUGAAGUGUCCUCAGAUCGUAAUCGCUUUUUAUGAAGAGCGACUAACUUGGCAUUCAUGCCCAGAAGAUGAAGCACAAUAAUUGUUUGCAUUGCUUUUUUAUAUAUAUGAAUAUUAAAACCCCAAAUUUGAUUUAUUAGCAAUGUGAGAAGCAUACAUUCUAACAAGAAUCAAAUUUGAUAUUUUUUUGAAGUAGUGUGUUUUGCAUCAACAGCCAGUAAAUAAAAGCUUUCUGCAACUUGUUUCAUUUAUCACAAGAGAGCAUUUGAUACUACUACUUCCUCCAUAUUAGGUAAAAGCUUUUAUAAAACAUUCAUAAACUUCCAUAGUUAUUACUGAAUCAUAAUGAAUGUCUAAACAACCUCACAGAUGUUUUGUAGUCUUCUAUACUAUUGAUGUGCAUGUAUCUUCUUUACCCCAACCUAGCCCUUUAAACCCGUAGAAUUAUUCUUUUUAGUAUUUGGUAUCACUUGGUUCCAGGAAGACCAGGUGGAAACUAACUUUGUAGUAAUUUGAAUGUUAUCAGACUGUAUAUUGUUUACUUUAUUGUAAAUACUGGUGAACAGUGGUCAAUAAAAUAGUUUUAUAUUCUUCCUUUA